AUGCGCCCGCCCGGCCGCCGCGGGGUCCCCCGGGCGUCACCCGCGCUGCUGCUCUUGCCGCUGCUCGUGCCGCUGCUGGGGGCGCCGCGCGGCGUGGGCGCGGGGACUGGGGCUGGCGCGCCGUCGGAGCUGCGGGUGCGGGUGCGGCUGCCAGACGGCCAGGUGACCGAGGAGAGCCUGCAGGCGGACAGCGACGCCGACAGCAUCAGCCUGGAGCUGCGCAAGCCCGACGGCACUCUCGUCUCCUUCACCGCCGACUUUAAGAAGGAUGUGAAGAUCUUCCGGGCCUUGAUUCUGGGGGAGCUGGAGAAGGGGCAGAGUCAGUUCCAGGCUCUCUGCUUCGUUACCCGGCUGCACCACAAUGAGAUCAUUCCCAGCGAGGCCAUGGCCAAGCUCCGGCAGAAAAACCCACGGGCAGUGCGGCAGGCUGAGGAGGUGCGGGGCCCAGAGCAAAUGCACAUGGACAUCGCCGUCAACUUCAGCCAGGGGGCGCUGCUGAGCCCCCAUCUCCGCAACGUGUGUGCCGAGGCUGUGGAUGCCAUCUACACCCGCCAGGAAGACGUCCGGUUCUGGCUGGAGCAAGGUGUGGAUGGCUCCGUGUUCGAGGCUCUCCCCAAGGCCUCGGAGCAGGUGUUGCUGCCUCGCUGCGGGCAGGUGGGGGACCGCGGGAAGCCCUGCAUCUGCCGCUAUGGUCUGAGCCUCGCCUGGUACCCCUGCAUGCUCAAGUACUGCCACGGCCGCGACCGCCCAGCGCCCUACAAGUGCGGCAUCCGCAGCUGCCAGAAGAACUAUAGCUUCGACUUCUACGUGCCCCAGAAGCAGCUGUGCCUCUGGGAUGAGGAUCCCUAG